AUGAUCCGUCACAACAAUUUAGGAGGAACUUACGUUCGGGGAAAAUCUACUCCAAGUAUUAUCAGAUCACGCAUUGUUUUGUUAUUUAUUGAUGGCAAGAGCAUAAAAGAUAUAAGUGAUGAUGUCAAGCUGACGGUUAAAGGCGUGAGAAAAAUAUUGAAUUCAUAUUUCGAAACCCAUUCGAUAUCUGCAAAAUUACCUCCUGGAAAAGAUCAUUCGGUGAUAACAGACAAUGUUUUAGAACACAUUGAAUGGUACAAAACACAAAAACCAAGUAUAUAUGCGAGGGAAAUAAGAGAUCGCCUGAUUAGAGAGGGAGUUUCUGAUGAAAACCAUGCACCUUCUAACAGUGCAAUUGCUUAUUCGAUAAGAUGGGAGCUAAAUCUAACAAGAAAGCGUUUGGAAGUUAUACCUGUAGAGUCCCUAACACCAGCUGCGAUAGAGAAACAAAACCGAUAUUUUGAAGAGAUUUCGGAAUUUCCUGCACGACACAUACAUUUCAUGGACGAAGCAAGUGUCAUUCGUACGUCUGGAAAUCGGACUUAUGGACAUGCUUAUAUUGGGAAGCCUGCUGUCGAGGUGUGCCGGUAUAGUUCUGACGCUACUUUUACAAUCAAUUUGUUAUGUGGUUUUUUUGGCAUAGAUUACUGUGAUGUUUUGGAAGGUCCGUCCAAUGGUUUAGAACUACUUCAGUUUUUUUCAGAUGCUCUUGAGCAAAGGUACCCAAACGGAAACCCGAUAUUAUCCGCAGGUGAUGCUGUAGUAAUGGACAAUUGCGGCUUUCAUCACGCUCGCCACAUUGAGCCAGUUUUGCGUGAAAUGCUUUUACGACAAGGUGUGACCUUGAUAUUUCAGCCGCCAUACUGUCCUGAACUUAACCCCUGUGAGUAUUGCUUUGCUCAUAUGAGAAAAUCUUUCCGAAAUAAUGAGCGGUUUACUGCUUCUUAUACAGAGUUAGCGAUUGUAAACGCUAUGGAAUUUAUAACAGCGGGUUUUUGCCGAGGAUUUUUCGAAAAAUGUGGUUACGUGUAA